UGGGCCUCUCCGGCUUCCUCUCCCUCCCCUGGCUGGGUGCCAGGCCCAGCACUUCCUCCCAGGCAGGCAGCCCGAGCUGCAGCGGCCGGGGGUGCUAGGAGCCCAGGUUGCUGUGACGGCUCCUGUCUGCACUGCGCAGUCUGGGAAUAGGCACCCGCUGCCCUGAUGGAGGCAGAGCCCUCCGGAGUCAUCCUGCUGACACAGAUCAUACCCCAGCCCCACUCAUCAGACCCCUCCGCCCCAGCGCGGCCCCUGCGGAAGUUCUACCAGGGGGAGCCGCUGGCUCUGGGCAUCACACAGAUAUUCACGGGCAUUGUGCAGGUAGCUUUCGGCAUCGUCCUGAUCCUGGUGAAUAAGUACCAGCUAAUAGUACACUCGGGGACUCCCUUUUGGACUGGGAUCUUGUACAUCAUUUCGGGGGUCAUUUGUGUGGAAGCUGCCAAGAACCCCAAGAUCUCACUGGUGAGGGGCCUGCUGGCUAUGAAUAUCCUCAGCGCCAUAGUGAGCGGACUGGCCAUCGUCCUCCAGUCGUUCUUCUUUGUCUUCGACUACCGGCACGGAAACUGCCAGUGGAUCGAGUCGUCCCAGUCCUGCGCGCUGACCUCCCAAGUGCCCACGGAUACCAUGUUCGGGGUGACCAUGAUUCUCUUCGUCUUCACCAUCCUGGAGUUCUGCGUUUCCAUCUCCAGUGCUGCUUUCGGGUGCAAAACACUCUGCCGGGACAGCUACAGUGACAUGUCUGUGGUGAUUUAUCAGAACAUGGGGCCCCCAGCUGCCCUCGCCAAUGAGCCUCCCAAAGGUCUACGCUCCAACAGGGCUUCUGCUGACUGCCCUGCCGACACAAAGAAAGCCCAGCUGUUAUCUCAGCAGGGUUCUGCUAUGGCCACCACCGGGACAGCCAGCUCAGCCGGCCCCAUCACCAUCAUCAACAGGUUCAUCACCCAGCCCCACACGGCCAGUGCUGCCAACCCAGCCAAACCGCAGCCCCUGGAGAAGUUCUACAAGGGGGAGCCGCUGGCCCUGGGGAUCACCCAGAUCCUAGUUGGAGCUGUGCAGCUUGCUGUCGGGGUGAUGAUGGCUAUGGUCAGCUCCUCUUUGUGGACAUUGGCAUUGAGUGUGCACGUCCCGAUAUGGAGCGGGUUGCUGUACAUCAUCUCGGGGGCCCUCUCAGUGGCGGCUGCAAAGAAUCCCAAGAUACAACUGGUGAAAGGCAGCCUGGGAAUGAACAUCAUCAGCUCGGUGCUGGCUGGAUGUGCCAUGAUCCUGUACCUGAUCAGCUUGACAGAAUACAGGCAUCAGACCAUCUGUUACUGGUACCCAGAGAACUGCAUCACUUAUAAGGUAACCACAGCCUGCAUAGCGGUUCUGCUCCUGUUCACCUUCCUGGAAUUCUUUGUCUCCAUCUCCACUGCGGCCUUUGGGUGCAAAACCAUCUGCCGGAACAGCUACAGCGAAGUGUCUGUGGUCAUUUACCAGAACAUGGUGCCGCCAGAUGAUCCAGCUACUGCCACCAACACCCACACUGAUGCUGUUGCCUGCACUCCUCCUCCUUACAAGGACCUCGCCACCCCAUGAGAUGUUCCCUAGGGCAGCCACUGCCUGGAUCACCAGCUCCCUACAUACCGUGCCCACCUGUGCCUGGUUGGUGACCAAAGCAGCAGAGUGGGAACUGGUCAUAGCUCCUCGCUCCCGACACUGAGCCUGCUGACCUCCAUGCACUGAUCACACUGCCGAUGGCGAGAGACAUGUCCCUAAAGAUGCCUGACCUACAGCAUCACACAAUCGAUCUGCCGGUCUCCUGGCCCUUUCCGUCCUACCCCCGUGGAUGGGAUUUCAGCCCCAGGUCCCACACUCUAUAACAUGUCCAGGCUGCCUCCAAUAAAUCCUUUUUCUCUAAUCA